GGUCCAGCCCCUCAGAGUGCAGAGUGGGAGGGAGCUGGACACUCAGAAGGAACAUCGGGAAGGAUCUGAUCUGAUCUGCUGAACUUUAUUUACUGAAAUCAGUUUUUUUUUUUAUGAAAUUUUAACCCAAUUUAAAGAUCAGAAGGAGGAGAUGGGGGUCUCUACAGCAGUGUGUGUUUUUCUACUGACUACAAUCGUCCUUUCUACACUCGGAGAGAGACACUCCCUGUACUACAUUUACACCGGCCUCAACAAAGACCUGGAUCUACCAGGAAUCUACGAGUUCACAGCUCUGGGGCUGCUGUGUGACCGAGAGAUCGACUACUACAACAGUAAGGAGCAGAAGAAGAUUCCUAAACAGAGCUGGAUGAUGGAGAAGAUGCAGGAAGAUUACUGGGAAAAAGGAACCCAGUCUCGCAAGAGUAAAGAACAGUGGUUCAAGGUCAACGUGGAUAUUCUGAUGCAGAGGAUGAACCACAAUAGCACGGAUCUUCAUGUUCUUCAGUGGAGAUACGGCUGUGAGAUCGAGGAGUCCAGUGGAGAGGUGAAGUUUCUGAGAGGGAUUAGUGAGUUCGGUUAUGAUGGAUCAGAUUUUCUCUCCUUUGAUAUUGAAAACAGGCUCUGGAUCACUUCAGUUCCACAAGCUGAACCAACCAAGAGGAAAUGGGAUUCUGUGGCCAUCCUGGGACAGUACACCAAGGGCUACCUGGAGAAAGAGUGUGUGCUGUUGCUCACCAAGUUCCUGGAGUACAGAAAAGAAUCACUGCAGAAAGCCGCACCACUGGAUGUUCAAGUUUUCGCAAAACCAUCAGUAAGUGACUCGAGUAAGCUGACGCUGACCUGCCUGGCUACUGGAUUCUACCCCAAAGACGCGACAGUGAUCUGGAGAAGAUCCAGCUCACCUCUAUCUGAAGAUCUGAUCACAUCUUCUGGAAUCAGACCCAAUGAUGAUGGAACCUACCAGCUGAGGAAGAGUGUGGAGAUACUGGGAGCUGAGAAAGACCAGUACGAGUGUUACGUGACUCACAGAACCCUCAAAGAACCAGUCAUUAAAAAACUGGGUGGAGCACCAAUCAACACCGAUCUCCCAGAAGAGUUAGAAAUGCUUCCAUCCUUUUAAGCUUCUGCUCACCUGAUGGUGAUUAAUGGGGUGAAACAUGGUCAGAUUAAGAAAAAUAAUCACCAUUUACUGAAACUGAGCUGUCUUUUUUCUAUUGAAAUAAUUCAAAUAAGUUUACUUAUACUUAUUGUGGAAUUAAUGCAUUUAAACUACGAACAUAUACAUCUAAACAAGAUUUUAGGAUUUUAAAAUAGUCCUGAUGUGCUUUUAUAUCUUCUAAACACAAAAUCUGCAUGAAAUUAUACAUACCUUUAUUUACACUGCUGCCAUAUAUAAGGGUCAUUCCACUGAAUAGGUGCCAUUACUGUCCCCAGGAAAUGACAUGUAUAAAUGUGCACACAAAAUAACUUUAAAAUACAUUUUAUUACUAAGCAUAGUGUGUUGUACAUUGACCUAAUUCCAAAAGAAAAAUAUGUAAUUAAAAAAAUUAUUAACAUCUACUUACAACACUGAAAAAAUAGCAUUUGUUACCUGUUACUUCCACUCUCUAACUAUAAACUUUACCAUAAAAUAUAAUGAUUAAAAUCCUUUAGCAUUGUUGUGCGACUCCAAAUCCCAUCUAUGCUUUAAAAAUAUUUUUUCAUAAUAAAUUCAUAAUAUUUAAGUUAAAAUACACAAUUUAGUUGUGUCCCUGGGUUUCACUCAGUCCUGUUACCGUAACACAUUACCCCUGAAUCUGAAACACCUGGAACAUUCUACAACAGGAAGUCACAUCUACAACAGGAAGUGACAUCAGCUGGUUCUGGUUCUGAAGAUCAUGUGAAGAACAGAAUUAAGUUCCUCGUUAGUUUUUUUCUGUAUAUUUGAUCUUAUUGUAAUGAUGACUGAGGAGCUCAAUCUCAACACAUCCCAUUUUUUUAUCUUUAAAAUACAAAUUUUGGGGAAAAAAUCACUAGAAUGAGCUCAGUGUCCUCAUGCUAUUAGCAUAGCCGCCAUUUAGCUAUCAUUCAUGUUUUUGCUAAUUCUAUGCCAAAAACGUAUUUGUUACUUUAAUUCAUGUUACUCAUAACAUAAAAAGUAACAGGAGUGAGUUUCAGUAACAGGAGUGAGUUUCAGUAACAGGAGUGAGUUUCAGUAACAGGAGUGAGUUUCAGUAACAGGAGUGAGUGCCAGUAACAAGAGUGAGUUUCAGUAACAGGAGUGAGUUUCAGUAACAGGAGUGAGUGCCAGUAACAGGAGUAUUUUUUUUUGGUCAUAGAUAUCAAUUACUUCAACAUGCAGUCUAUAAUUAUUUCUUUAAAAUAAUGUUUUUCUUGAGAGAAAAUUAAAGGAAUUAGUGGACUUGCUUUUAAACAUGCUUUUUAAAUUUAUGAGUUUUGUAAAAAUACUCAGAUUAGAAACCUUGUAGAAAAAAUGAAGUAAAGCUGCCUGAGUUUGACCAGUACAUGUUAUGAAUAGUUAAAUAUAUGUGUUAUUAGAUUCAGAGUUGAAAAAAGAUAAAACAUUAAGUUUAAUUUGGUUUAAUUCAGAGUUACAACAAGCAAAUGGCACUGAUUCGAUGGAACGGCCCAUAUAUAUAUAAUCACAGCCUCUGCAGGCAUUUAAUCCAGUAUAUUACUAAUGCAUUGUUAUUCUGUGAAUUUUAUUUCAGAAUAUAAUAAAUAAAAUAUCUACACCAUCA